AAUAAAACUGCACAAUGUUGGUAUGUUAUGAAUAUAAACAUAUAUAGUAAAAAUGUUAAUCCUAAAGUUCAUGUAUGUAUAACUAUUUUCGAACUGAAAAAAAAUGGCUCAUAGAUUAAUAUUCCGUUUCUGAAAGUAAGAUUUUUUAGAGUUUAUUUUUGUUCCACAAAAUUAUUUUUUUAAAGAUACUUUUGUAUACUUUUGAAAAACAUUAAUUAUGAAUAUUUAAAUUGAUUAUGGUGAAUAAUUAUUGGAAAGUGUAUUAAAAAUAAAUUGUAAAUAUUUGUUAUAUUUUAAUAAAUAUGAAAAUUCUAGAAAAUUUUACUUCAGUUCAGAAAGGGUAAUAUUUAAUUAGUACAUAAAAAAUAAAUAAAUAAAAGUUUUGUUCCGACACAACUUGAAAGAUCUAGUUGACCGAUAAACUGUUAACUUCAAACAUGUCCACAUCUGGAUGUGAUUUGAGCUUAGUUUUUUCUUUAGAUUGAGGGUAAUAUAGUCAUUUCAAGAAACCGACAAACCAGUAAAACGAAAAUGUUUUCCACUAAAAGAGUAAAGACAACACGCAAAAGGAAAACAAAACUAAUCACACUUCGCACUUUCUCCUCAAACACUCUCGCCGGAGAUGCAACUGUUUCUCCUCCUUCUCCUCCUCGCCGCACUAUCUCCUCCGGCGACUUCCCACUACUCAUCCUCAACCUCAUCUCCAUCUUCCUCCUCCGUCUCCGAAUGGCGUCCAGCUCGAGCCACCUACUACGCCGCCACGAAUCCUAGAGACUUGGUAGGCGGUGCGUGUGGAUACGGAGAUCUCGUCAAAUCUGGAUACGGUAUGGCGACGGUUGGUCUGAGCGAGACUCUGUUUGAGCGUGGUCAGAUCUGUGGCGCUUGUUUCGAGCUCAGAUGUGUCGAUGAUCUCCGUUGGUGUAUCCCUGGAACUUCGAUCAUCGUCACCGCUACGAACUUCUGCGCUCCUAAUUACGGGUUUGAUCCCGACGGUGGUGGUCAUUGUAACCCACCGAACAAACAUUUCGUGUUGCCGAUCGAAGCGUUUGAGAAGAUCGCUAUUUGGAAAGCGGGGAACAUGCCCGUGCAGUAUCGCAGGAUAAACUGUAGAAAGGAAGGGAGCAUUAGGUUUACAGUAGACGGUGGAGGCAUUUUCAUUUCGGUUCUGAUCACCAAUGUUGCCGGAUCCGGUGAUAUAUCCGCUGUGAAGAUCAAAGGUUCGAGAACCGGGUGGUUACCAAUGGGUCGUAACUGGGGACAGAACUGGCACAUCAACGCCGAUCUCAAGAACCAAGCUCUCUCGUUUGAAGUAACUUCUAGCGACAAAUCAACCGUGACAGCUUACAACGUCGCUCCAAGAAACUGGGAUUACGGACAAACCUUUGAAGGCAAACAAUUCGAGACUCCGUAAGACACACACACCGUUAUAUCUCGUGAUUCUUUUUGUUACUAGUGAGAAAUUUUUGAUGGCAAGUCUUAUGUAUUUUGGUGAUUACAAAAACAUCACUACUGUAUCUAUUUGUUGUUUACAUUACUAAUGAAAAGAAUGCAUUAUAUAA